AUGGCGAACGCAGGACCCCUCAACGUGCUGAUGGUCGGCACUGGCGAGUACACCACUGGGUUUGUUGGUGGUGGCGCCUCGGGGUCGGACAAGAAGGUUGGCGUGGUAGGCCUUUCCAUGUUUGACCUGCGCAGGCGAGGCAAGGUCGGCAAACUGGGCAUGGUGGGAGUUAAUGGAAAGAAGUUUGGUGCUAUUCGUGAGCACCUUCACAAGAAUAUCCAGCAGGUUUAUAACAACUUGGACACCUCUUUCGAAUCGUAUCCCGCCGACGACGCCAUUGACCCGGAUGCGUACAAGGCAGCCAUUGAUGCACUCCAGCCUGGAGAUGCCAUCACCAUCUUCACCCCUGAUACCACUCAUUAUCCGAUUGCCAUGUACGCCGUGGAGAGGGGCAUCCAUGUAAUGUUGACCAAGCCUGCAGUCAAGCUUCUGAAGCACCACCAAGAACUUCUCGAAGCUGCCCGCAAAAAGGGCGUUUAUGUCUACGUCGAGCACCACAAGCGGUACGACCCGGCCUAUGCCGAUGCCCGGUUCAAGUCGCAGAAGCUUGGCGCUUUCAACUACUUCUACAGCUACAUGUCGCAGCCCAAGUCUCAACUCGAGACCUUCAAGGCCUGGGCCGGCGUGGACUCGGACAUCUCUUACUACCUCAACAGCCACCACAUUGACAUUUGCGACUCGAUGGCGUCACCGCUCGGCUACGUCCCGGUCAAGGUUUCGGCCUCUGCUUCCAAGGGCGUCGCGACCAGCUUAGGCUGCAACGAGGCGACCGAGGACACCAUCACGGUCCUCGUGCACUGGGAGAAUAAGGAGACCAACGGCCACGCCACUGGCGUCUACACUGCGUCGUGGACGGCGCCGCAGCGCGCGGGCGUGCACUCGAACCAGUACUUCCACUACCUGGCCAAGGACGGCGAGAUCCGCAUAGACCAGGCCAAGCGCGGCUACGACGUCGCCGACGACAACGUCGGGCAGCUCAUGUGGUACAACCCCUUCUACAUGAAGUACGCGCCCGACGAGGACGGUAACUUUGCCGGCCAGUCGGGCUACGGUUACAUUUCGAUGGAGAAAUUUGUCGACGGCUGCCGCGCCAUCAAUGCAGGAUCGCUCAAGCCCGAGGACCUCGACGCAAAGGGCCUGCCCACGCUCAAGAACACCAUUGCGACAACUGCGAUUCUCGAAGCCGGCCGGAGGGCUAUUGACGAGAACCGGGAGGUUAUGAUUGAGAUAAAGGAUGGUAUUUGGUCGCUGGUUUAG